CGACUCCCCUCCCUCUAUAGCUUUGGCCCCCCUUCCACCUUCAAUUUUAUCCCUCCCUUCAGCUUCUGCUUUCCAGCUCCCUUUCCAAACGCCAUAGAUGAUUUCCCUCGCUUGAGUGUGUCGCUCGAUUUAAUCCAGGGAGAUGCCGUGGACUGUGACAAAUUCAUUCAAGCGAGGUCUUAUGAUGAAAACUUACGGGCGUCCGUUGUGGCGCGUCUAUGACGACGACCAGCGGCCCGCCGCCAAAAAACGACGCGUCGCGUUAUCCGGCUCCGAUUCGGACGAGGCGGAGAACAGUAUCCAGUAUGCUAUCCGAGAAUCGUCCGCAGCCGUGUUAUCCAGCCCGUCGCGUCGCAACUCGAUUGUGCUCUCCGAAGGCACUCAGGAUGAUGACCUGUCGACGCCUCCAUCAUCGCCUCCGCCCCGUCUAAGCCCCCCACCAGCUAACACGCGAAAGCCAACUUUUGCUUUUCUCAAACGCAAGCACACUGCCACCAAAGAUGCUGCCGGUAACAGCACGCCUCUAACCGAGGUCAACUCCAACAGCGUGCGCGCGUCGAUGGACCCCCCGAAGAAAAAGACGGCGGCAACCCCGACGACAACGCAACCGCAACAGCCGAACGCCCUGAAGCAGAUGCAAAUUGACGUGGGAUGUGAGGUGCGGCGGACCUGUGGAACCUGUGGCAUGGAAUACAUCCCUUCGAACGCCGAAGACUCGGCCACGCAUAAGAAGUUUCACGAGAUGAACAUCACCGGGGUGGAUCUGGGCAAGGCCUUCAUGCGCUCCAACGCGUCGCGCUGGGUCUACGAAGCUAUCCGUUUCGACGAAGGAUAUGUGGUCAUUGUCGAUCGCAAAGCUACCCCGACGGCGAAGAACCAGGCGAAGAAGGUGCUCGAGGUCAUCGGCAAGGAGCUUUCCUCCCCCAUCAUUGAAGACGAAGUAUUAUGGAGUCAGACGGAGCCACCUGCUCAUCUACGCAGAAACGGCACGACGGAGAAGAUCGAUCGUUACAAGGUGUUUUUGCACAUGAAGGACAGUCGCUGCGUGGGGGCCUGUUUGACUGAGCGGAUCUGGGAAUCCCGACCGAUACAAAAAUCCUCCGAGCCAGCCCCAGGCACCACCGACUCCUCCGUCACAGUUCGCGAUGAAACUCAUCCGGCCAUCGUGGGGAUCUCUCGAAUCUGGACCUCGGAAGCUUCACGUCGCAAAGGAAUUGCCAUGGAUCUAUUGGAUUGUGUGGUGGUCAACUUCAUCUACGGCAUGGAAAUCCCCAAGGAACAGAUUGCCUUCAGUCAGCCGACCGCGAGUGGCAAAAGUCUGGCGCAGUCCUUCUUCGGCACCGACGAGUGGCAUGUUUAUGAAGAGAAAUGAACUCUUGAUCGAAGAACGGCCGUGACAACUGGGCAAUUUGUCGCACCGAUGGAUUAUCUUUUACCUCUCUAUUUUAUUCUUUACUUGUCUUCUUGAUACACGGGCGUGUUGAUACCCUGCUUUCUCGGGCAUUGACCUUCGAGGAAGCCCAUACUGUGAUGACCAUUUAUUACUAUUACUACUACUACCUCCUGUACAACUGACGGUGUUUCAUUGGAAGGGUCUGUUGGGUUCUUGCGUUUUGUGUUGGUUCUUGCAUUCCUUCCUUUGUUUUUUUCUUCUCUUCAUUGUAACAUAUACCUCUUUGGAUUUAUUUUUCUCAUAACCAUGGCAUCAUUGUUAUCUCUUUUGUUAGUUUCAUUGGACUGGUUGAACGGUCUUUGAGGAGGGUAGAAUGAGCAUUACAGUGUCUGAUAUCUGAAAUAAGACGAAAGAGAUAUUGAG